AUGCGUAUUGACCUCACAGCAGAUGCAACUACUAGUGAUGCCAGUAUCAAUAGUGCAGACUCAAGGAAACAAGAAGAUGACAGCAGCUUCUCACUGAUAACCUGGAACAUUGAUGGGUUGGAUCUGGGAAAUCUAAAAGAACGAGCUAGAGGAAUCUGUUCUUACCUGGCACUAUACAGUCCAGAUGUUGUGUUUUUACAAGAGGUUGUCCCACCACACCUCUGUCUUCUGCAGAUGAAAGCAGGCAAUUACACUAUUAUUCCAGGUAACAUAGAUGGCUAUUUCACUGUCAUAAUGUUGAAGAAAUCAAGAGUGAAGCUACUGAAACAUGACAUAAUACCUUUUCCAACAACCUCUAUGAUGAGGAACCUUUUGGUUGUGCAUGUGAGCAUAUCUGGUAAUGAACUUUGCCUUAUGACCUCUCAUCUGGAGAGCACUAAAAAUCACUCCAUGGAGCGUAUGAAGCAACUACAAAUAGUGUUUAAAGAAAUGCAGAAGGAGUCUGAGUCCACCACUGUUAUAUUUGGAGGGGAUACAAACCUUAGAGACAGUGAGGUUGCUAAACUAGGGAACUUGCCUAACAACAUUAUGGAUAUCUGGGAGUUUUUGGGUAAACCUCAGCACUGCCGCUAUACUUGGGACACCCACUCCAACACCAACCUGCACGCAGCGUACAAGUGCAAGAUGAGGUUUGACCGCAUCUACUUUCGGCCUGCAGCGGGAGGGGGACAUAUUAUUCCACGCAGCAUGGACUUAAUUGGAUUGGAAAAACUAGACUGUGGCAGAUUCCCUAGUGAUCACUGGGGUGUUCUGUGUAAUUUUGAUGUGAUACUGUGAAAAAGAAAGAGGCUGGCAUUGUUAGUUUUUAGGUGAUUUGUUCUUGGGUUUACAAAAUUUUACCAUCUCAGUUUAAGUCGGGCAUAUUUAAAUUUUCAACCCUAAUGCAUUCUCUGCUGUUGACUUCUGCUGGAACGGCUUCAUUUCAAACCAGGGCUUCCUUUUCCUUGCUGUAUGCAUCUGUUCUCAAAUCACGUUUUUAAAUAUUUAUUUUUAAUAAUGUAUGCAAAUAAAAAACCGAAUUCCAAUUCUAAAAUGGGAGGAAAAACCUGUAAACACCAUUCAUUAACAUACUCGGUGGUUUAAAAGCCACUUUUAUUUGGCAUGUAUUAUAAUCUCAUAAUAAACGCUGCUUUU